CACGGAAAUGUCAGCUGGCUAUUGUAUUAAUUCGUUACAAUUAUUGUGAUAAAAAUAAUCAAUUAUAUUUAAAUAUUCAUGCGUAUGUGAUUAUAAAAAACUUUAGUUAUUCCUAAAUAGUGUGAUUUUAAUCCUUAAUUAAGUGAAAAAUAUGUCAGAAUUUAAUCAAAGGUGGCAUGAGAUUUCACUUGCAUUUCUAUGGUUUGUGACGAAAUAAAAUGCCUUUGAGCUUAACUAGAGACGUGUAAUUUAUUAUUUAGUUCUUUAAAGUUUGUUUUUUAAGUAUAACCAAGUGAGAGUUUGCGUAUUCUGCGGGUUUGUUUGUCUGUUAACAUAUUCUACGUUGAGACAUUGAAAGAUUAUUCGGUCUGAAAUACAUAAAAGCAAAAACUUUUAUUUGUCUAAAGAGAAACAACUAGAAGAGUACGAGAUGAACGGCUCCGAAUCUGGGUUCAACCCGGCCUUCAACAUUGCCACUAUCAAGCAAGUGGUAAACGAGGCCAUAGAGAGAGUGCGGAUGCCGACACCGACCCGACUCAGGGAUCUUAUAAGGCAAAUCAGAGCCGCUAGGACCGCCGCAGAAGAACGAAGCGUCGUCAACAAGGAAUGCGCCUACAUUAGGUCUACGUUCAGAGAAGAAGACAGCGUCUGGAGAUGUCGCAACAUUGCCAAGCUCCUGUACAUCCACAUGCUGGGUUAUCCGGCCCAUUUCGGUCAGCUGGAGUGCCUAAAGCUGAUCGCAAGUCCUCGAUUCACGGACAAACGAGUCGGCUACCUCGGCGCGAUGCUGCUUCUGGACGAACGCCAAGAUGUCCAUCUCCUCAUCACGAACUGCUUAAAGAACGACCUCAACAGCAACACACAGUUCGUGGUCGGGCUCGCGCUGUGCACCCUCGGAGCCAUAGCCUCGCCAGAGAUGGCCAGGGACCUGGCUUCGGAAGUGGAGCGUCUGAUAAAGUCACCGAACGCCUACAUAAAGAAGAAGGCUGCGCUUUGCGCGUUCAGAAUUAUCAGGAGAGUACCAGAUUUAAUGGAGAUGUUCCUGCCGGCCACUAGAAGUCUACUUACCGAAAAGAAUCAUGGUGUCCUCAUAACAGGCGUUACACUCAUCACCGAAAUGUGUGAGAACAGUCCCGACACGCUUAAUCAUUUCAAAAAGGAGAGCGGACAGCGUGAGAUCGUUCCUAAUCUGGUGAGGAUAUUAAAGAAUCUGAUACUGGCCGGAUAUUCUCCGGAACAUGACGUCAGCGGCGUAUCCGAUCCGUUCCUGCAGGUGAAGAUACUGCGUCUGCUGCGGAUACUGGGCAAGAACGACGCCGAAGCUUCGGAGGCGAUGAACGACAUAUUGGCCCAGGUGGCCACCAACACGGAGACCAGCAAGAACGUCGGCAACACCAUCCUGUACGAGACGGUGCUGUCGAUAAUGGACAUCAAGUCCGAGAGCAGCCUCAGGGUGCUGGCCGUCAACAUCCUGGGGAGGUUCCUGCUGAACAACGACAAGAACAUCCGCUACGUCGCGCUCAACACAUUGCUGAGGACCGUGCACGUGGACACCUCGGCCGUGCAGAGGCACCGGACCACCAUCCUCGAGUGUCUCAAGGACCCGGACAUCUCGAUCCGGCGGCGCGCCAUGGAGCUGUCGUUCGCGCUGGUGAACGGGCAGAACAUCCGCGGCAUGAUGAAGGAGCUGCUGGCGUUCCUGGAGCGCAGCGACGCCGAGUUCAAGGCGCACUGCUCCAGCGCCGUGGUGCUCGCCGCCGAGCGGUACGCGCCCUCCGACAAGUGGCACCUCGACACGCUCUUCAAGGUCCUGCUCAAGGCCGGCAACUACUUACGAGACGACACGGUGUCGAGCACGAUACAGAUCAUAUCGUCAGCGGCGACGGAGCGUCAGGCGUACGGCGCCAUGCGACUGUGGACUUCACUGGAACAAUCGGCUGUCUCGGGACUUGCCACAGAAAAACAACCUUUAAUCCAGGUUGCCGCUUGGACUAUUGGUGAAUAUGGAGAUUUGUUAGUAUCGGAAGCCAGCAGCGCCAUCUCUAUGGUGGACGAAGAUGGUGUCGAUGAUUUUGUGCGGCCGACUGAAGAAUACGUGAUUGACAUAUAUCAGAAGCUGCUUUGGUCCACGCAGCUCUCGAUCAGCACUAAAGAGUUUCUUUUACUUUCUUUGGCCAAACUGUCGACUAGAUUCACCACGCAAGCCAGCCAGGAAAAAAUAAGAGUGAUCAUAGACACGUUCGGAUCUCACAUCCACAUCGAGCUGCAGCAGCGAGGAGUUGAACUAUCCCAACUCUUUAGACAAUACGGGCACCUCCGACCCGCGCUGCUGGAGCGCAUGCCCGCCAUGGAGCCCGUCGCCGCGCCGCACCGCGACGAGCAGGAGCUCGAUCUCAGCGACACCAGCCCUGACCACACUAAGCCUGACCAGGACGCCUUAUUGGACUUAAUUAACGGGUCUGAUUCGUUGACGAACGGAGAUGUGGAACACCAGCCUGAACAAAUCGCUACUACCAACAAUAAUACUAGCAGUAAUGACAUCUUAGACUUGCUGAGCGGUCUAGAUCUAACACCGAGCGUACCCGCCGCCGCGCCCGCCGUGCUGCUCGCCAACAACAACGUGGAGCCGAGCGCCGCGCCCGCCGCGCUGCUGCUGGACGGGCUGUUCGCGCCGCCCGCGCCCCACCAACCCCCCCACCCGGCCGACGGGGCGGAGUGGGAGCGCGCGGUGCUGGAGCGCGGCGGCGUGCGCGUGUGCGUGUCGGCGCGGCGCGCGGCGGGCGCGGCGGCCACGCUCACGGCGCGCGCCACGUCGCAGCUGCACACGCUCACAGACUUCCUCUUCCAGGCCGCCGUGCCGAAGAAAAUCCAGUUGGAUAUGAUGUCUCCAUCCGGCACGACGCUAUCGCCGCAGGGAGAGAUCACGCAGGUGCUCAAAGUUACCAACCCGACCAAGACCCCGCUUCGGCUGCGGAUAAGGGUGUCUUACAACAUUGACGGCACCCCGGUAUUGGAACAGACGGAGAUCAACAAUUUCCCGGCCGACCUGUUCAACUGACGAAAUGCCACGCCCCCCGCCUACGGUCUGUAGGCGAAAACGGACUAUUGUGUGAAACGAAGUGCCGCGAAUAAUGUCGUACGGAUAUGUGAUUCUGUUCCGGGCUACCCGGACAUGUGUGAGCCGAUCUAUACUUCGCCUGGAAAACGUCUCGGUUAAAUGUGCGAUAUAAUUAAGUCAUUCAUUUCAAUGUUGCAAGCUAACGGUCCUCAUAUCGGCACGUGUUGCAUUAGAAUUCGUUGAAAAAUAAAUGUCAUCAAAUUAACAGGUGAGUUAACAUAUCGACGCUUGAAAGGCAAACAUGACUAAGCGACAAUGCGUGAACUUUACAGUAGACUAAUUUAAAGUUGAAAUACCUGAAAAUAAAUCUAU